UCUUCAUCUAUACGCUCUGUUCAGGCUUUCGGCGAGUCGAUAAAUGGAAACAGGAGACGACCGUUCUCCGGUCACCGCCUUUUCCGACUGGGACCGGACCUUCACUGACCAAGAGAUCGAAGCCAUCGAAGCUGCAUUUCAAUCUGCUUCAUCAUCAUGCUCGACUUUUUCAUCCUGCUCUCCGGCCAAGCGACGCCGCGUUCCAAACCGCGACUGCAGUGAGGACCGCCUGGGGACUCGCCGGAGGCUGCCGGAAUCGAUUUCCGGUUUGAGGCGCCCGACCACGUCCAGGGAGCACCGUGGCUUUGGAAGCGAGUGCACUCCCAUUCGAAUCCCUGAUUCAUUUUCUCCAUCACUGUGUCCGAGGAAUCGGCUUAUCUAUAGUGAUUCGUCUCACUCUAAGUUAAGGAUGAGAUUCCCACCAUUAACUUUCAAAGGUCGUAUUUUAUAUAGCCGAACCAUUAGAGAGGUGGAGAAAACUGCAAAUGAGCUUUUGGAAUUUGUUGAAACUAAAAAGAGAGACGUUGAUCAGGCCAUUCUUGGACUUGACAUUGAAUGGAGACCAACAUUUAGAAGAGGCGUUGCACCUGGAAAGGUUGCAGUUAUGCAGAUAUGUGCUGGCAGUAGUCAUUGUUAUGUGAUGCACAUUACUCAUUCUGGAAUCCCUCAAAGUUUGCAAUCUCUUCUUGAGGAUCCUACAUCCUUGAAGGUUGGAGUGGGCAUUGCUAAUGAUGCUUCUAAAGUUUUUAAAGACCAUAGUGUAUCUAUAAAGACUUUGGAAGAUCUGUCUAGCAUAGCCAACCAAAAGCUUGGUGGAGAUCCCAAGAAAUGGAGUUUGGCAUCUUUGGCUGAAACACUUAUCUGCAAACAGCUUCCAAAGCCUGGGAAAAUUAGACUGGGAAACUGGGAGGCUGAUGUUUUAUCAGAAGAACAGCUACAGUAUGCUGCCACUGAUGCCUUUGCUUCUUGGUAUCUAUAUCAGGCUCUGAAGAGCCUACCUGAUGUUGCUGGAAACAGAGUACAGUAACUGGGAAAUGCACGAUUGUAAGAUUGUCAUAGGUUGUAUUAUUCAUUUAAUCUCUAUUUUGCUCCUAUAGUUGAUCAGCCUCAAUGUGAGGGCUAGUGGAUGAAAUGAAGGAAAUUUAUAACAAAAGAGAGAGGAUGAUCUAAGAGAACUUGGCAAAAAACCUUGGACAUGACAUAUUAUAAUGGUUUUAUAGAGCAUAUAACCAUAAAUGAAGAUGAUUAGAGAUCUAGAAUUUAUACAACCAAUCCCACCUAAUAUGAUUGUUGUUAUUGUAGUUAAAUAGCCAUCACAACUGAGCGAUGAUUGGAUUGGCUUUGCUUUUUGUGAAAACUGUGAAUUUCGAAUGCUUUUUCCUUGGGAAAUGAAUCUCCUAGUU